UGUGCCCCCUCCUCUGCCACCUUGCGACACACCCAGCUCUGAAAAGCCAGGCUAUAUCUGCUCACACACACCCGACUGGACUGCUCUGGCACUGUACCAUGGGACCCAAGACUUCUUCUGGCUUCUACCUGAGCAGGACGUCUGCUGCGCUGCUGGCACUGCUCCUGGCUGCGCUGCUCUUGGCACUCAUAGUGCUGGGAGCUCUCUAUGCCAGGACUGUAGGAAAGGACCAGCACCAGGGGCAGACUGAUAUGGACACAUCCACUGCUAAUGUCACCAGCUCUCCCUUCUUCUUCACCAUACCUACAGAUUCCCCUGGGCCACCUGGCAUCUGGGAUAACCCAAGGAUGCCCCAUAACCUGGUGCCAGUGCAUUAUGACCUGGAGCUAUGGCCAAGAAUGCUGCCAGAUGCUGAUGACAACUAUCCUAUGUCGGGACAGGUGAACAUCACCAUCAGCUGUGUGGACGGGACAGACAUUGUGCUGCUGCAUUGCUAUAAGCUGAACAUCACCCGGGCACUGCUGACUGGGAUAGAAAACGGACAGCGCAGCUUUAAGGCUGGACAGACAGACAGCAAAUACCCACAAGUGGGGCUGAAAGUCAACGAUGCUGGUGGGAUAAUCAAUGAAGACCAGAGCAGAUCUCACAUCCAAGAGACAGAUGACAUUUCACUAGAAGGUGGGCAGGAAAUUGGCAUCAGCAACCUGUGGCAUUCAACACGACACCAAUACCUGGUGCUGCAGCUGGAGAGGCCACUGGAAGCAGGACGUGUGUACUUGCUGCAGAUGGACUACAUAGGAUUCCUGAGUGAUGACUACUCAGGGCUCUUCAUAUCACACUACAAAGACUUUGAUGAGUUCAAAGUCCUAGUGGGGUCGGAGCUGGAGCCAGCAUCUGCCAGGACAGUUUACCCGUGCUUUGAUGAACCAGCGCUUAAAGCAACCUUUAAAACCAGGAUUGUCCACAAUUCCAGUUAUGUGGCUCUUUCUAAUAUGCCAGCUAUAGAUGUGUCUGAAAGGGAAGAUGAAAAUGGAACUAAAUGGAUGGUUACCAUGUUUAACACUACUCUGAAAAUGUCAACCUAUAUCACUGCUUUUGUGAUAUGUGACUUUGAUUACGUGAACAUGACGGAAAGGGGCAGUGAGAUACGAAUUUGGGCAAGAAAGGAAGUAGUACAAAAAGGAUAUGCAAACUUUGCUUUGGCCAUUGCAGGACCAAUACUUUCAUUUAUGGAGGAUUUUCUGAAUGUCUCAUAUCCACUGCAGAAAACAGAUUUUGUAGCAAUGCCUGACCUUGGUGUUGGUGCAAUGGAAAACUGGGGAUUAAUUACUUUUCAAGAAACUUCAUUGAUGUAUAACCCAGAUCAAAAGUUCAGCACUUCUAAGGCAUUGACUUCUCUGAUUGUUGCCCAUGAGAUAGGACACCAGUGGUUUGGAAACCUUGUUACCAUGAAGUGGUGGAACGACAUAUGGCUAAAUGAAGGGUUUGCCUCUUACAUGGAAUACGCAGGGGCUAGCCUGGUUGACCCCAAACUGAAAUUGAAUGAGUUUUUUAUGGUGCACAACCUGAUAAAUAUUUUUGAGAGAGAUGCCCGAGCAACUGCCAGAGCUGUAUCAGUAAAAGCAGAAGACAUUGAUAAUGUGGAUGAUAUAAUGCUAUUAUUUGAUGAAUUCACAUAUGACAAGGCAUCUGCUUUGCUCCGAAUGGCUUCCACCUUCCUGACAGAGAGACUCUUCAUCAAAGGGAUCAGCUCAUACUUGAAGAGAUUUUCAUUCUCAAAUGCUGACCAGGAUGAUCUGUGGAAACAUAUGCAAAUGUUUAUAGAUGAUCAAGAUGAAGUUCAGUUGCCAGCAUCACUGAGAGAGAUCAUGAAUUCAUGGACCUGGCAAAAGGGCAUACCACUAGUGACGGUAAACACAUCUACUGGGACACUGACCCAAGAGCAGUUCAAGACAGCCAAUGCUGAUAACAUCACAAGAGAUAACAAUCAUACAUGGAUUAUUCCCAUCUAUUGGAUGAAAAAUGGAGUACAGCAGCCAACAGUAUGGCUAGACACUAAGACGAAAACUGUCCCAGAAAUGGCUGCAAUGGAUAACGAAUGGAUUAUAUUAAAUAUUGAUGUAACUGGGUACUACAGAAUAAAUUACGAUGAAAAAAACUGGAAUAAUCUUGCAAAAACACUUGAAGAAGACCCACAGGUGCUGCCAGUGGUAAACAGAAUUCAGCUUAUGGAUGAUGCCUUUAUGCUGGCAAACUCUGGAUACCUAGAAUAUGAAACUGCCCUCAGUUUAACAAGAUACCUGGAACAGGAAAUGGAAGUAAUUGUAUGGUACAUUGCUCUGAAACACAUGCAUUACUACAAAAAGUCCCUGGUGACAUAUCAUUCUUUUCCGCUUAUAAAAAAAUAUAUUUUAAAAAGAAUUAAACCAAUAUUCCAACAUUAUUCAAGUAUUGUUCAAAGAAAUUUUGAUGAAACUGCUGAUGACUUUUUUGUUCAUACAGGAAUUGACAUUAUUUUUAAAACUGCUUGUUCCCUUGGGCUGCAAGACUGUCUGAGUAUGGCAAGCGACAUUUAUGCCAAAUGGAUGGCUAACAUUUCCAGUAAUGAAAUACCACAGUCCAUUAAAGGAACAGUUUACUGCUAUGGUAUCGCAGAGGGUGGAGAAAAGGAAUGGGAUCAUGCCUGGAAUGUUUUCAACAAAUCAGACCUUUUAGAUGUCUGGGACUACAGCAACCUGAAACAUGGUUUAAGCUGUACCAAGGAGCCAUGGCUGCUGUAUCGUUAUUUGGAUACUGCCCUUUUUGAUGGGGCUCAUAGUAUAAUGGAUACAUUUUUGGAUAUGUUUAAGAAUGAUAUCGGAAGGCACAUAGCCUGGGAAUUCCUGAAAGAGAACUGGCAUCGGUUAAAGGAUGAUAUGUAUGUGAAAGAAUCUGCACUACUUUUUGAACGAUUAUUAACAGAUUUGGGAUGGAAAGCUACAUCAGAGCUGCAGUUCCAAGAGAUGCAACUUUUCAUCACGACCACUGUGGAUGAAAGUGUAAGGGAAGGUGAAGUACAGAGGUUAGAAAAAAGAAAGAAAGCUCGCCUAGAGUGGGUAAAUAUUGUGAAUACGAAGAUUAUUGACUGGUUACAGAAGAACAUACUGGAUUCGGACUUAUGAGAACUCUGAUUUACAUCGCAGUGUAUGGGAUUUUAUAGCCUUUUUCUAAAGAAUAUUCUCGUGUUUAAAGUUGCCAACUAUUUUUCAUCUAGACUGCUGAAUUCGUAUGAUAUAUAUUUUUUUACAACUUGUAAGAAUGUGAUUAAAUAUGUGCUGAU